CGCACUUAUCCUCAUGCUCUAUGCCACCGAUGAAGAUACCAGCUCAGUCUUGAGCCUCGUUGGGCUACCUGAAACUGGGUCCACUACCAGUUCUGUAACAUAUGCCAACUGGGCGCACCUUCCGAAGUGGAUCAACAGCGUAUUGGGUGACGAUUGGCACUCGGUCGCGAAAUUGGGGUAUAUCAACGUGACGGAGGCGACCACGCAUGCGUUCUGGUGUCUGGAACGUGAAGGAGCUGAGAUAGGCACCUCUCCGGUGAUCAGCAUCAAUGUUCACGUCGCGUCGCAGACAGAUGCCAACGGAGUCUUAGAUAUGGCUGCUUCUAAGCAAGCAGCACGUUGCUGGCUUGCAAGUAUCAUCGCCAGCACUUCCAAUGAUGUCAAGUCUUUAUGGAUUCGUGGAGAUCAUGAUGAAUUUGGAGACUAUUCGGUGCAGUAUGCAGAAGGAAUUCUCCAUGGACGUGUUGUCGUUGUCGCUGGCCCGACAGUCGUGGACAUCCGUGGUAUAUCACGGACGGCGGAGCUUUUUGACGGCUGCGCUCGCAGGCUUCUGGAGUAUACCGUUGGCCGAAAUAGUCCACCGCUGACUAUGCCUGUCAUUAAGCGUGGCCCAUUCCUCUCCAUGGUUGGUGGCAAUCACGACUUGCCAAGUAAAAUCUUGGUCCGCAGUGUCGAUGCACGACUUUCACUCUAUUUCGAGCUCGAAAGACCCAUUGCCGCUGCCAAUGCUACCACCGAAAGGUCCACCCUUGUGUUUGACCAGUACGUGAUUGAAGAGGUCACAGAAGAAUCUGUUACUGUCAAGCUCGUGUUUAUGGUGCAAAAAUUGGGAAGUUAUAUUGUCCAGGUGCACUUUGCUGACUCGGAAACUAUGAUAUCAAGGACACAGGUAGUUGAAAUUGAAGUUUCCUGAACCGACGAACAUCUGUGUUGUUUUAAUGUAGUACCAUACUACUUUCACAAGGCCUUGGGUUGUUUCUCUUUCAUAGCGUGUUGCUGGAGCACUGUAACCUUGGAUACAAAGAGAAGUUUAGUGCAAUAACCCUCGGUGACUUAGAGACGGGACAUCAUGACCUUAGAUGAAGUUUCGUCACUAAACAGAAAGUUGGUGGCCUGCCAGCGCACUGCCGGCAGAGCAAGG